GCAGUGGAAGUCAACCAGCGAGGCCUUGUCGAUAAAGUGCUCGCCCGUUACCCGGAAGAGUUCACAGUUUUCCGAGAAUUGUUACAGAAUGCAGAUGAUGCUGAGGCUAAGAACUUCGCUAUUGAAUUUCAACUUGAAACCCCACGCGAAUGUGCGAGAAAUGGGACGAAACCAGAUCUCAAUUCAGCUAAGAGUACUGGCUCCGGAAUACUCACUUUUUCGUCUAACAAGGUCUUCAAAUGGCUUGUGAAGAAUGAUGGUGUCCCGUUUCAAGACACUGACUGGAAGCGUCUGACGAAAAUUGCCGAAGGCAAUCCAGACGAACAAAAGAUCGGUGCAUUUGGAGUCGGUUUCUUUAGUGUGUUCAGUGUCACCGACAAGCCGAUUGUCAAAUCGAACGGUAUGCAGUCUUUCAAUUAUGCCUGCGUGUCACUCAUCGGAUGCUGCAGGAAAGAUGGUGAAGAAAUCAAUCCUGACAGUGGCAACUGGACUGUGAUCGAGAUGGAGUUGAAGCUGGAGUCGACCGUCGCGCGGAUAUUUGAACUCACGCGAUUUCUAGUAACUUCCAUGACGUUCCUGGCCAAUGUUCAAUACAUUACGAUCUCGCUGGACGGCACUGAGCUAUCCCGUUUGACAAAAACUCGGAACAAGGCCAGUCAGUCAAUAGUCAUUCCAAAGCAUAUGGUUAAACGAUGUGGCACCAUGAACGUCACCUCUGUCGACCUCAUCUGUAUGUAUCUUUUACACCUUUCCAAGUCCGCAAAGCUCUGA